AUGACGUCUCAUCAACUUGCCAUCGCGAAAGCUUCGUUUUCUGUCGGACUCCUUCGACCAGACCCGGUGGUGGUUACCCGCGAAGAAAUAGGUCGUUUUCACUCACUCUUGAAAGCUGUCACUAUAAAAUGCUCGUCUGAAAAUGUCCAGAAAUGCAAGCAAUGGAUACUGGAAAAUAUAUUUCAAUCUGCAGCAAGGUCAUCCGCCUUGGGGAAAUAUCUUACCACUUUUACAGCGUCUCUCGGUACCUCAGAAGGAAAGAAAGAACCUGGACUAGAACGCGAGCCGUCUGUAAGAAGGCAGCGCCUCCAUCUUACCUACCUUGUGAACGACCUCCUCUAUCAUGGCAAAUAUCGUGGCAAUGAUGCGUCAAUUUGCAGUAAGAUACAACCAAUGCUCAUGAGUUUAUUUGGUAGUUGCGCAUCUUUCAGAGGAUACCCCAAACACAACCGCAAAAUCCUUGACUUGCUAGAUUUGUGGACGGAUAAAGACUACUACUCACCAGACUUUAUCGAUAGGCUCCGCGAGACUGUUGCUAAUGCUCAAGAGGCGGGACAGCACAUUGAAGCUUCGACAGAUCCAGCUAGUAAAAUAGAUGGAAACUUGCGAUCAAAAUCGACACCCUACGUUAUGCCUGCAAGCCACGGUGAUCCGAUGACUCCAUGGUAUGAUCUACCAGCCGGAAAUCUAAUGCCACAUAUCGUCCCUAACUCAACUCGACCCAUUAAUCCUGACUUAAUAAAGCCUCUUCGAUUUUUGGCGGGACCUGCCGAUGAGAUUUUGGUACAGGCUGUCAAAAAUUUGCUAGAUGACGUUGAAAUUAUUUUUGGCAAGGAAUUAGAUCAUGAAGAUAAGAUACCAAACGAUGUUGACGAGCUUGGCCAAAUUAUUAUCAUUGACGAAAUUACUGGGGAUGUUAUUGAUGGGGAAGGCUAUUAUGGAUGGUCUCGUAAAUUUUGUGAGAAAAUGAAGAAUCGAAAGAAUGGAUUUGGUUCAACGAGAAACGACCAAGGUCGCGACUACGAGAGAAAUAGAAGUUCAAGUCCUGAAGUCAGAAAGAGAAGAUACAGUAGUUCCGAUGAAAGCCCUGACAACUCCCGGAGACGUCGUCGCCAGUCUUACAGCUCGUCUCGAUCGAUGUCUCCCGUGGAACGCCGAAACGAAAAUUCUCAGAUGGGAUUAAGCAGUAAAAGUAGGAGCAGGUCUAGAAGUUUGUCAGUGGAAGAAACUUCAAAUAUGACGAUACAGAGUGAUGGUGCUCCUUGUCAGCCACAAAUUACUCAGAACCUAUUCCCCCAAAACCAUGGCGUUAAUGCAAACUUCCCGCCAUUUAUCCCUCCCUCAUUCCAGAAUGCUCCUUUCAGCGUCCCAAACCAACAAUAUGGGUUCAGUCAACCCCCUCGGCAACUCCCACAAAAUCAAAUUUCAGCAAAUUGGCCUACUCCAUCGCCUGGAAACCUGGCAUCUAACUUUCACACACCUCAAUUAGGUCAGCUUCACCAACAGCCAAACCAAAACCCCCAAUAUGGACCCUCUGGCUGGCAAAGAAAUUACGGAAAUUCUUACGGUAGAAACAGUGCUUACAGGGGAGGGCGUGGAGGACAUCGGGGCCGAGGUUGGUGA